AUGCAUAUGAAUAGCUUAUUAAAUCAAUGGAACAUCACUCCCCACUCCAGGAUGUGUGACUGUGACGUGGACGUGUCCUCGGAGCCCACCAGCCCCACGCUCUACGGCGAGUCCUCUGACAAAUACUACCAUGUGGACCGCUGGCAGAAGCUCCGCACCGCCGUCCGCAAGCUGGAGUUCUGGGAGAACUUCACAGCCGAGCUCAUCGGGAGCGGCUUCUUUUCCAAAGUCUACAAGGUGAUUCACAGUACGACCCGUAAGGUGAUGGUGGUGAAGAUAUAUAAGAACGACGUGGACCAGGAUAGCAUCGUGCGUGAGAUCAGCCUACUGCAGAAACUCUCCCAUCCCAACAUAGUCAGGUACCUGGGGAUCUGUGUGAAAGAAGAUAAACUCUACCCUAUUUUAGAGUAUGUGAGUGGGGGCUGUCUGGAAGAGCUGUUAGCCAGGAAGGAUGUGUCUCUGUGCUGGAGGGAGAAGGUGGACCUGGCCUGUGACAUAACCAGGGGAAUGAUCUACCUGCACUACAAGAACAUCUAUCACAGGGACCUCAACUCCAAGAACUGUCUGAUCCGUGUGACAGCGCGGGGCAGGGAGGCCCUGGUCACAGACUUUGGCCUGGCCAGAGAGGUGGUGGAGCUGCCGGUUAAAGACCCAGAGAGGAAGCUCUCCCUGGUGGGAUCUGCCUUCUGGAUGGCCCCGGAGAUGCUUCGCGGGGAACCCUACGACCGGAAGGUGGACGUAUUCUCCUUUGGGAUUGUACUCUGUGAAAUACUGGCAAGGAUCCCUGCAGACCCAGAGAUUCUACCAAGAACCCAGGACUACGGCCUGGAUGUGAGUGCGUUUAGGGAGCUGGCGAGCGGGUGUCCUCAGCGUGUGUUGGAGCUGGCAACCAGCUGCUGUCUGAUGGAGUCCUUCAGGAGACCGGCGUUCAUAGAGCUGCUGGAUGAACUGGGGGAGAUCGCUGAGACUCUUGAGCCGCCCCCUAACCCGCCCCCUAACUCAGAGCAGACCACUGGGUGA